AUGCCUCCUCCUAAUCCAGACUGGGUCAAGGCCCUCAAGCCCUCGGGUCCUCAGGGAUCUGAGCUUCUCGAGCAAGAGCGCGCCAAGUCGGACGUCAAUGUGGAUCAGCUCGCCGACUUUCUCUUCACAAAGGAGGUUCUGGAGCGGAACGCCAAGAUUCUCAGCAUUUUGGAGUCGGACCCCAUCUUUGACAAGUCGCAAAACUACUUUCAGGGCCGAAAGGACAGAAUUGAGGCUGCUCUCGCUAGAGGAAAGGCUUUGCAACGGCUUUCUGUCAAGCACAACUGGAGCCAGGAUGAGUACCAGGCCGCCAAUGACCUCAUCAGCGAGCCCACUCCAUAUGGCCUCCACGCGUCCAUGUUUUUGAAGACGCUGGAGGAACAGGGAACACCAGCACAGCACAAGCUGUUCCUUGAGCCUGCUCAACGUUACGAGUACAUUGGAUGCUACGCGCAGACUGAGCUUGGUCAUGGAUCCAAUGUUCGUGGCCUCGAGACAACGGCCACGUGGAACCCCGAGGACAAGACCUUCACUAUCCAUUCGCCUCAUCUCACCGCUUCCAAAUGGUGGAUUGGAUCCCUGGGCAAGGCUGCAAACCACGCCGUCGUCGUGGCCCAGCUGAUCAUCAACGGCAAGACAUGCGGCCCUCACCCAUUUGUCGUUCCCAUUCGAGAUCUCAAGACUCACGAGCCCCUGGAGAACAUCCAUGUCGGAGAUAUCGGCCCCAAGUUCGGUUACAACACCAUGGACAACGGCUUCCUUCUGUUCAACCACGUCAAGGUCCCCCAUAUCAACAUGCUCAGCCGCUUCUCGGGCGUCGACCCUGAGACGAGCAAGUACAUCCGACCUGCUAACCCGGCGCUCGUCUACGGCACCUUGACUUUUGUCCGAUCCUCCAUCGUCCUUCAGUCGGGAUCCGUUCUUGCCCGUGGUGUCACCAUCGCUACACGUUAUUGCUCCGUUCGACGCCAAUUCCAGGACCGCGAUGCUGCUUCGGAUGAGGUUGGCGAGAACCAGGUUCUCAACUACACUAUGGUGCAGCAGCGUCUUCUGCCCCUGCUGGCCGCUUCUUAUGCUCUGCAUUUCACCGGCCGUGCCAUGAUCAAGCUCUACGAGGCCAACCAGAAGCGCAUGGCUCAGAAGCUGGGUGCCAGGGACAACGCUGGACGUGCUCCUGGCCCAGAGGAGCUCAACCCCGGUAGCGAUCUCUUGGCUGAUCUCCACGCCAUUUCGUGCUCUCUGAAGGCUUUCGCAUCCACCACGGCUGCUGAAGGUCUCGAGGUCUGCCGUCGAGCCUGCGGUGGCCACGGCUACUCGGCCUUCUCCGGUAUUGGCAGCUGGUACGCCGACUACCUCCCCACCGUCACAUGGGAGGGCGACAACUACAUGCUCACCCAGCAAGUUGCUCGCUACCUGCUCAAGUCUGCCCGCGCUGUCCUGUCGGGCAAGGCUGUCGAUAACAGCAUCACCCGUGUCUUCAAGGAGUAUAUCCGAAGACAGGACGUCGGUGCUGCCUUUGAUGUCCUCGACAGCGACCAGGAUCUCGUCAAUGCUUUUGCUUGGCGAGUUGCCUUCUUGACCUUUGAGGCUCUCAAGCACCGGGACGAGGAGAAGCAGUCUUGGAACAGCCUCCUGAUUGACUUUUGGCGUCUGUCUACUGCUUAUGCUCAGUACCAGGUUGUCAAGUACUUCCACGAGGCUCUCCAAGAUGAGGAGACCAAGUCUUCUCUUGAUGCCAACACCCAAGAAGUCCUCCACAAGCUGUUCCAGCUCUUUGCUCUCCACCACCUGCAGAGCCACGCUUCCGAGUUCUUCACCAGCGCAGCCACUACAGUCCGUCAGAUCCAGCUUGCCCGCACAAAGCGGACACUGGCUCUCCUCGACGAUGUUCGACCCCACGCUGUGAGGUUGGUGGACUCGUGGAAGUUCCCCGACUGGCAGCUCGACAGCUCGCUGGGUCGAUAUGACGGCAAGGUGUACGAGGACAUGUUCCACAGGGCAUCAGAGGUGAACCCUCUGAACGAUGUGGUUUUCGAUCCUUAUCCUAAUUCGCCGGUUCUGUUCAGGAAGGAUGGGACUGUGAAGUCCAAGCUGUAG